GUGUGAUAUUUCUCUGUAUUUGCGACAGUGUAUACUGCUAAUGCACCUCAACUUAUAUAUGUGUACAUGUGUGUAUAUAUGCUGAUAGCAUAUAUAACUGUAUUUCAGCCCUGUCAUCAAUUAUGCAUGAUUAAAAACCUAAAUUAAGUGUUUUAUAACGUAACGUGUGGUUCGGAUACAAUGCAAGUAAUUCUCAAUCUUACCACCCAUCCAUCUUCAAUGGUUUAUCUACAAAACCUCAAGGGGUAUCCAGGUUGUGAGCCGCAUGUAACUCAGAAUUUUGUUUUAUUCCAUUUAAGUUUGAAUGAGAGUGGUGUUCAUUGCGGUGUGUCAAAAAUGUUGAACAAGCACACAGGUCACAAUAUUUUCUAUCACAGAGUUGUUAUUGAGAUGACAGAUGCAAAAGAGAAGGAACUUUUGUUCGUGCAGUGCGUCAUACCAGGGGAUUUUAACAUGGAAUUUGUCAGGAUAGACUGGCAAAGAGAAAGUGUCCCUUACAACUUCUCCUUCCCUACGCCCCCACCCAUCAACUUGUCCCAAGAGAGCGUUCCUUAUGUCAACAUGGUUGUCAGGGAAAAGGGAUUGCGGUUAGACACAAGCGCGAUAGUGCAUCCGGGUUCUCUGCUGGAUCUACUUAUUUAUUUGGAUAAGGAAUCCUCAG